UUAAGCAAAAGAUAUGCAAUUGGGGAGAAAGAGAGAAGUGAUGCAUUUGACUAAUGUCAGGAAGCGGGACCGCAUCGUCUGGGAAUUGACAAAGAUGAAAAAAAGGAACGUGAGAAUAAAGAUGAGCAAUCACAGGCAUGAUUCAGCGGUCAACGAUGCACGAGGAGCUGAGGAGUAACUUGGCCGAGAGCGAGAACGGCUGAGUGUACCGCUCUUCCGGGAAUCCAUAUUUCGCCAAUCGAGUAUCCGGCUCGGCCGUGGCUCGCCUCCAAUUUCGUUUCAUUCAAGUCGACAACGAUUAGAUCGAAGCAUCGCUUCGAGACGCGAUUACGCGAUGUUGCGAUCCCUUUUAUCAUGGCGAUUACAUUAUUCCCCUCCGUUGCGAACGAGAAAAUUAAUUGAAUCAACGUGCGCUCGAAUUAAUUCAUAACGUGCGGAAUGCCUGAGGGAAAAACGUCAUGGCAUAGAUUUGUACAUAUUUAUAAAAAAAAAUAUUUAUAAACGGUGCGUGGAAACAAAGACGAAGUGAUUGAGUGUGACGCGAAAACGAAUGGACGCCGAAUGGAUAAUUCGAUCUUGAUCUUGGUGAAGAAUACCGGACUCGUGAGGCGUGGUUUUGCUUGAAAGGAUCCGGCUUUAUAAGUUAUAGCCAACAGCGAGGAUACUCAUUAUCAUUCGAAAUGAAAAAUGGCGACGAUGAAUGAUCGAUUCUCGAAGAAAAGUCGCGAAUUCCCUCGUGAAGAUGUGAAUAUUCCACAAAAAUCGAACACCUUGCAUCGAAUAACAUCUGGAACGAUAGAUUGCAGUUUGAAUUCGGAGUCGGAAUCGAAAUUGAGCUAUAAACAAACUUACACGAUACAUUCGCAGGUGCAUACAGCAGAUAACGUUGAAAUUAUGAAACGCGGAACCGUGUCGAAAAAUGAUAAAAAGAACAAUGACGAAGAUUCGGAUGAUUACUUUGAAACCGAACAAAUCAUGGUGCCAUCCGAUCCGUCUGAAUGGAAUUCGAAUCACAUACAUGAAUGGAUUUUAUGGUGUAGUCGGACAUUCGCGGACAUAAGAUCAGAAUCCAUCGCGGCGAUACUUCCGUCGACCGGCAAGGAACUGUUGCAAUUAACUCUGCAAGAUUGGCAGGAUAUCGGCGGCAAGACAGGAGGUAGAAUCCUGGCGAAACAUUUCGCUCAUCUUCGUCUGCAAGCCACUGGCGUGCAUACUCCAGAUUUACUGCAAGAAAACGAAAAUAAUGAAGAAACUGAGAGGUUCAGCCUCCUACAACGGACUUGCUCGCUGAUUGGAUCAACGGCUGGAGCCGGUAGCUCGGGGGCGGUCGGAGGCGGACAGGUUCAGCUCUGGCAAUUCUUGCUGGAGCUGCUCUCAGAUUCGUCUAACUCAUCCUGUAUCGCGUGGGAGGGCUCGAAUGGGGAAUUCAAGCUCACAGAUCCAGACGAAGUCGCACGCCGCUGGGGUGAGCGCAAGAGCAAGCCUAACAUGAAUUAUGACAAGUUGUCACGCGCGUUAAGAUAUUACUAUGACAAGAAUAUAAUGACGAAAGUUCAUGGUAAACGUUACGCUUACAAAUUCGAUUUUCAUGGUUUGAGGAUGGCUUGUCAGUCGCAAGCUGGCAUUAUGUUGGAAGCGUCAACGUCAUCGCGUAUGACAAAUGCAAGCUGUCAUCCUCAUCAUCAAGUACAUCGUACUCAUCGUUUAUAUCCAGUGGGAUCUGCUCAACAUUCCGUACCAUCCUCUUUACAAUCAGAACUGUCAUCCUCUAAUCAACAACAGCCACCACCACCACCACCACCACCACCUCCACCACCGCCACCACCACCGCAUUAUUGUUGGCCAUAUCAUCGAUAUUCACCACCGACAUAACAUUAUCUCAAAUCUCUGUUGAGCUUAUGAGAUUACGUCAGUGAUAUGGACUUCAGUAGACGAUAACUUGUUUCUUUUUUUUUUUUCAUUGUUUCUCUUUAUAUAUCUCUCUUCUUCUUUUCCUCCUAAUCUCACAGACGCACCGUCUUCUUCAAAUUUGAGAAGAAAUAAAAUAUUGAGUCUCUUAAUUUUUCUUGUCAACUUUUAUCACUGUUAAUCAACAUCCUAUAUUUAUAUAGGAACGAAUUGUAAAUAAUAAUUAAUAAUAGCAUUCAAUAUAUAUUGAAUAAGCAUGAAAUGUUUCAAAUGUUUAAAGUGUGACUAUUAUAUCGAAAUCUUUUCAUUGUUUCACUAUUGUGCUCCAAGAUGCACAUAGAAACUUGUAAAUACAUUAAUAUUCGAAGCAAUACACAGUACGUUUUCUUUAUUUCUUAUUAUUGUCGUGACUAUUGUUCGAGUUUCUCACUACUUUUAUAAAAUCGUAUUCGUCAUGUAUAUUUUGUAUAAACACGAUUUUCUAUCUAAUAAAUAUACUUAAGAUAUGAACAUGUUGUAAACCAAAAUAAAAACUCAUGUCGAUAUAUCGCAA